CGCGCCAUCUCAAAGUAACACAUUGUUAUCUCCCAUUGUCCUAUAUUGGAAAACGAGUGUGUAAUUUCGGGGGAAUAUUAUGCGGCAUAAAAGCGUGUGUUGUUAACAGAAAACCCUAUCGUAUAACUGGAACGGAUUAUCUUCAGAUAUCAUACAUAUCAAACAUGCGUGCACCGUAAAUGGAGUGCCAAUUACUAUAGUAUGGUUGAGGGAAUGACUGGAGUUGGAGGAUUUAUUGAUAUGGGAUUAGAAAUUCAAAUUUUACUAUACACGUGAUCGGUGCGAGGUGGAGUAGCCAUGAUGUCUAGCAUAAGACUUGCUGAACUUUCUCUUGGAAAGUGUUGCAAUGUUUUGUAUAAAAUAUGGCGACGAGAUAAACGUGUUUUCCUGGUUUUAACGAUAUUACUGACGUAUAUAAGCUAUUCUCUUUAUGGAUCACUGACGAUGCCGGUGAGAUUUUUAUUUGUGAAUGAAAACAUCAAUAAGCAAUGUAUUAUACCAGAUCUCGACCCGUUUGAUAAAUCCAUUAUGAAAUAUGUAUGGAGUCCUGAUCCGAUUCAUUGUGACCCGGCGCCGGAUUUAGUUUAUGUUGAUACACGUGGUUUAUUGAUAUAUAAUCAAUCAGCAUUCAAAUUCUACGGAGAUACUAAUUAUAAAUGCAGCUAUUCACCUUUGUUUAGACCUAAGAAUGACGAUUAUAAAGUACAAUUUGGAGACGAGAAAAACAUGGAUAUUCCUUUCCAGGUGCCAUAUGACUUUUAUAGAAUACGCUGUUACACUUCCGGUGAUAAACUCAUUUAUGAUACUCUACAGGAAAGUGUCUUUGUUACUGACAGUUUCAAGAAAGAAAAAGGCGACGAGGACAGUAAGUCAUCAAAAUACAGUGUAAUAAUGUUUGGAAUAGAUUCUACUUCUAGAUUAUCUGCUAUCCGCAAACUUCCAAAAACUUACAGAUAUUUGACAGAAGAUUUAGGUGCACAUAUAUUCAAAGGGUAUAUGAAAGUUGGUGAUAAUACAUUCCCAAACUUAGUGCCAGUACUGACUGGCAAACGACCAGGGACGGACGACAUUCCAAAUCCAGGCGGAGGUAAAUACGACCUCAAAAAUUUUCCGUUUAUAUGGAAGAACUUUUCCCGCGAAAAUUAUGCAACGUUCUUCGCCGAGGAUUAUCCUAUUAUUGCAGCAUUUAACACAGAAGCUACAGGUUUUAAAGAUCCACCAACCGACCACUAUAUGAGGCCUUGGAUGCUAGGGCUUAGAAAUAUAGGAUUCGCAUCUGAGGUCCUGAAGUCGGUUCUUCUUCCUUUAGAGUACAAAAAUAUGAACGUGGGCAAAUCUUCGUCAUUAUGCUAUGGAAACAAGCCAAUUUUUAAACAUCUAAUUAAUUAUUAUAAAAGGUUUAUAAGGCAGUAUAAGACUAAGUUGAAAUUUUCCUUCUCGUGGCUAGUGCAGAUAUGCCAUGAGUUCAUUAAUUACCUGGAAUUAGGUGAUAACGACUUUUUUGAGUUUUUAAAGUUUCUUAAAGAAGAUGGUCACCUAGAAAAUGCUUUCUUGAUAUUCUUUAGUGACCAUGGCUCACGAAUAGACGAUAUUCGGAACACCUUUGUUGGGAGAAUAGAAGAAAGGAUGCCUUUGUUAUCGGUAGUGCCUCCAAAAUCGUUCGAAACUCAACAUCCGAAUGCAUUUAAAAAUCUUAAAGACAACUCUGAAAGACUUACUUCAAACUUCGAUUUAUUUGAGCUAUUAAAUGAUAUUUUAAAAUCCGAUUUUGAAGAAACAUUGACAUUUCAUUCACAUUCGAAACGAGGCAUAAGUUUAUUCCGUCCUAUACCGGUAACCCGGUCAUGCGCAGAUGCCUCCAUUCCUGAACAUUUUUGCGCCUGUUAUGGCUCCGAAAAGAUAGGUUUAACAAAUCCGUUAGUUGUUAAAGCAGCGGACUAUGCAGUGUCACAUUUAAAUAUGUUACUACGAAAGUAUAAUCACAUAUGUGCUGAAUUAUUUUUAUUUAAAAUUCACGAAGCACAGCAAAUAUCUCUAGGACUAUCGCCAAAAGGCGAGGAGGAAAAUCGCUGGACAAUCUACAAGUUCUUUUCAACACCGGAAGCAGAAAAACAAAAACGUUUCCUAGUUAUAUUUGAGACAUCACCGGGUAAUGCUAUGUUUGAAGCUACUGUAAAUUAUCAUACAGAGACUGGUUUAGAAAUUAUGGAUGAGAUAAGUAGAACUAACAAAUACGGGAACACUUCUGUUUGUGUUCCAGAGAAACCACUUCGACGGUAUUGUUAUUGCAAAGCCAUGCUAAAGUCUUGAUAAUACCAUCAACAUGUGACUUGUGUGUUUGAUAAAAUUUUCUAUAAGCUUGAAAGAUUUUAACACUUUAAAGGGCCCAAUUUGAAUGGUUUUAUACGUGUACUUAUUUAAGCACACCUGCUAGGCGACGGUUAUAUAGAAAACCGUUUAUACAUGACCAUAUAAUCUGAGUAAAAGUAUUUAACACUCUGAACAAAUUAUUUGACUGUAGUAUUUAGUUACAAUUAUUUCCUGUUCUAAACAUUUUUUCAAAUGAAAACUAUUGAUUUGUUGUUAUUUUAUGAAUCACUGUAACUUAUAGCCAAUGUCAUUUUCAUGUAGAAAUUAAAUAAUUCAAUGAAAAUCAAUAUGCUUACGAGAGAGUUUGUCCGGUGGUUAUGAAUUUGAAUCAACUGACAAAAUGCCAUCCAAUAUGUUUUGCUGCUAGACAAUUCGACCAGAUUAUCUACAUUUACUAUGCAGGAAAUUAAAACUAAUCUUUAUUCCACCCUUGAAUGUUCCGGUCAUUUUAAUAUUCAUUUUCAAAAAUAUAUUUUUUGUAGUGAUAUCUACUUAAUUGUUAUAACCCGGAUAUGUACAGAUAUUAUACUUUAGUGAUGCAUAAGUUUUUUACUUGCACAAUUGUUUAAUUUAUAGCUCAACUUAUCAAAGAAAAGUUUGCCACUUUUUUCAACUUCCUGUACAAAAUUGUAUCUCAUCAACCUCUUAAAAUAUAAAUUUUACCUGUUA